CUAAUCCUAACAUGUGUGCAUUGGUAUACACCAUGCGCUAUUCACUUAUAAAGCGGACUCCUGGUUUCUUUAACAAUAGCUAUGCUUCAGUACGCCUGCAUUUCUAUGAUCUAGCAAAUCUUUGUGGGCUCCCUCAACAAUUCCCAAGUGCUUGAGGUAUCAUACUUCUAGAUCGCAUCCUUCUUUCACUCUCAGCACCAUCGCACAUAUCUAAGAAUACGGGAAAUUGCGAAAGGAACAUGAAGACUGAGGAAUUACAAGAUAUUGCCGUUGCCUUGCGCACGGCGCGCGAGGGUCUGACGCCUAUCGCAGCGCCGACCAAGACCUGGCCAGCUCUUGAUGCCGACUACGCCUUUCUCGUACAGCAAAUCAAUGUCGAACAUGCAGUAACCCACGGAGACCGAUUGGUUGGCUAUAAACUCGGCAACAUCGCCAAAGUCAUGCAGGACGCCUUUGGACUAGACCAGCCGGACUACGGCUUUCUACUCGCCAGCACUUUCAUCUACGAGGGAACGACGCUUGCACUGAACCAAUACAUCAAACCCUACGUCGAGCUAGAACCAGCCUUCGUCCUCCGUGGCCCCCUUCGUGGGCCCAACGUCACUGUCGCCGAUGUCAUCAACGCGAUCGACUACGCGAUCCCCGCAAUCGAAAUCAUUGACUCCCGUGUACAGAACUGGGCGAUCGACCUCCCAGACACCUUGGCAGAUAACGGAUCCACAGGGUCGGUGAUUCUCGGUGGCACUCCUCGCCGUCUCACCGAAUUGAAUCUACGUGACACCCGGGGAACUCUGCAUUUCAACGGCCGCGAAGUCAUGUCAGGCAACACCGGAAACGUCCUUGGAAACCCCCUCUCUGCUGUCGCCUGGCUGGUCAACCGUCUAGCUGCCUAUGAUGUCGGGCUUUCUCCCGGACAGGUCAUUCUCCCUGGCAGCUGCCUGCAGGCGAUCCCGAUGGAUAAGGCGGGACAUUGGUCCUGCACGUUCGAUGGCUGGGGUACUAUCGAGUUUGAUGUCGCUUAAACCACAGCAUUCUGAAGAUGAUCAAGACCGAGACGAACAGAAUACUGCUUCGCAAGUAUACACAAUCUACUUAGUACAUAGGCUUCAUCGCAGACCC